GGAUAAAACUGCCUUAUCACUAAGGCAUCUACUUUAUGUAAAUUAUUGUUUGUCCGUUUUCUUUAGUGCGUUUUUCUUUUGCUUUAAUAGCUGUCACGGAUAGGGACAUGUGAACCACUUGUGAGUCCUACUCCGCUAUAAAUAAGAGCCUUGAUGCUCGUUUGUAAUCAGAAUGAAAUUAAGUUUGAAUGAAGUUUUUCAUUUCUCCUAAAAUCUUAGAAUUUUAGUGUUGAUAGUUGAGGUAAUACUCUGGAGCUAUCAGAACGUUGAGGUAAUACUCUGGAGCGUUCACAAAUCAAAAUUCGAAAGAAUCAUAGACGGUCGUAGUGGACUGAUAACAAAGACGAAAGUCAUCAAUUCAAAAUCAAAUUCAAGAAUAUCAAAUCAGGUAUAAACAUGUUUAUGUUAAAUUUAUUUAACAUCUUUCAAUACUAUAGAAUAUCAAAGUUCUGUUUAAAUAAUGUUCAAAUACAUGUUAAAAUAUUUCAAAGAUCAAUAUGACUGAAGUAUCAUAUUUCGAAGAAACAUCUAGCUAUCACACAGAUGCUAUCUGUAAUAAUAAAAUAGAAAGUGCAGAAUUAUCUUUAACUGCAGAAGAAAAUUUCAAAAGAAAAUAUAACAUGUUCAAAAAUAUUUUCUCAAGAAAAAAUAUUCUGAAAUUUGGAAUAAUGACAGGAGAAGAAGCAAUUCCCAUUGAUUCUACUCAUGGAAAUAUAGUUAUAUCUACUAUAGAUACAACUCAACUUAAAGAAAGAAUUAAAACCUUUCCAGAAAAUGAAAGAUCUAAAAUUGGUUAUAUUCAUAUAUCAACCAUUCAGAUUUUAAUUAAAAGUACUUUUAUGAAAGGUAUUAAUUCACCUCUAGAAAUAGCUUUAAAAGACUCUAGAAUUCUAGACACAGAUCAAGCAACAAUUGCAAAAGGAAAUUGCAAUCUAAAAUAUGGUAAAAUCAAAUUUGAUAUAAAUUUACAAAUUGGUUUAUCCCUAAAAGAUAAGGAUCUUGAUAGAUCUAUAGUUUUUCAUUAUAAAAUGAAAAACAAAAAUUUUAUGAAAAAAGGUAAUCACCCCUUUACCAUUUACUAUAGAAUUAACUAUGCUUUGAGUAAUUCACAUCAUAGUAUAGAAUUCAAAGGAAAAGACACAAUUCAUAUUGACGAAUUGUUUGCACCUAUAGUGACUCUAAAGUCACCUAUAUUAAGAAGCCUAGCAAGGAAUAGUUGUUCUUUAAUAGAAGCUGACAGAGAUCUGUUUGAGGAAACAGAAGACAAAUCGUUAUUUAGAAGCAAAAGCCUUAGAAUAACACCACCCAAAAGAGAUUUUUAUAUCUCAGAACAAAAAGAGCUAAAAUUAGAGUUAAGAGAAUACCAAAAAACUCUAAAAAUGAUUCUAGAAAGAGACCCCACACAUAUCUACGGAUUCUAUGAUGUGGUUAAGUAUAAUAUAGAGCGCCUUGAAGGCACUAUAGAAUGGGCAUCACAAACCCAAACAUAUGAUGAAGACGACAUUAGAAGUUUUCAAAAAUGUCUCCAAAGAGACUUAAAUCUCUCAAGGAUUCAAAAGACCCUCGAAAGAUUACCUUCCGCAAAUGCAGCUACCUAG